GUGAAUGCUUUCGCGGAGAUGUUUACAAAACAGUCUAGCUCGGGUCGUUAUUAGGCAGCUUUCAGUGGAUUUAACAAAUAUUUGGGGCAGGCUAAUUUCUGGAAAAUGGCUAAACUACAGCUUUUGAAUGCUUACCUCACUCAGCGGUUAAUGGUGGCUGUAGAUGAGAUACUGGAGGUGGUCGGGGGGACAGUGUCAGAAUUCGAGGAGGAGACUGCCCGGACGAAGAGAGAGAAUGAACUCUUAAAACGAAGGCUACGAGAAGUUGGACUCGACACGGGCACGGAGUGUUCAGCAGUCUCGACCAGGCCUGUUUCUCUCUCUGUGUCUGGGCAGCACCAGUGGAGCUCUGACCAGAGUCCAGACCCUGAAUCUACACAGACCCAGAACCACAUGGUAAUGAGGCAGGAUGAGAUGCCUGCCACACAUAGCCAGCUACCCACAGACUGCACCGAGUGGAAGAAUCUGUGUAGCUCUCCACGUACCCUGUCCUCGCAACAGACCGAUACAUCAGCUACCACCCCAGUAGUAGCUCCAUUGACUUCAGCGUCUGUGAAAAGGGACUUGGACGAAGAAGACGACCAGCAUCUCCUUCCCUCUGCAAAUCCCUUCAGCAGCACAUCAUGCCCCGUGGACAGAGUGGUUUUACACUAUAACUCUGAGGGCAUCAAAACAGAGCCUAGUGAUACUAGCCCUACUGACUUGGGGUCAGUAUCUGCUCAGAUGGGGUAUGGUGAACUAAACCCCAGUUCGGACCCUGGACCAGCCACUGUUGAAACCAGAUACACUGUCUCAGACCUGAGUGCUGACCUGGAGUCAGUGGUUGCAGAGAGCAGACGAUAUGGUGCCUCCACUGCCUCGGGCAUCCCCACUGACCUGGUAUCAGCUAGUGCUGCCAUGAUCCCAGACGGCUUUUUCCGUCAGAUUGGCAGCGAUGGUUGUGUAACAACAGGGCCAGAACUAGACUUCGGGGACGCCACCACCACAGGUACCGUAGGUCCCUUGACAUCCUUGUUAUACCCGGGUCAAACCAGACGUCAACAACAAACAAAUAGAUCAACAAAUAGGGGUCAUCAACAAAUAAACAGGUCCACAAACAACAGGGAUCAACAACAAACAAACAACAGGGGGGAUCAGAGGUCCCACCCGUGCCCUCAGUGUGGUAAGAGAUUCAGUCACGUCUCACGUCUCAAGAUCCACCUCCGCAUUCACACAGGGGAGAAGCCGUACGUUUGUGCACUGUGUGGCAAGCGAUUCAACAACGAUGGCACACUGAGGAACCACCGACGCGUUCACACGGAGCUGCGGCUGUAUGACUGCCCUGUCUGCGGCAUGAGCUUCAAGGACGCCUACACGUGUAGGAAGCACCAGCGCGUUCAUAAUGGAAUGCAGCCUGCCGGAGGCGGGGCCCACACCUGCAGCUUGUGUGGCAAGGCUUUCAGUGAGGCGGCUAAGCUGGCCAAACACAUCAGGACUCAUGUGUCAGAUAUUGGAUGAUGGCAGUACAACCUACAGUGGGGAAAAAAAGUAUUUAGUCAGCCACCAA